GACCACAGUCUUUCCCUCCUCCCCAGACCUCCCACCGGUUCUCCAUCAUGAACAACUGGGGCUCCGGUGGCAGCAUCACUCUUAACCAUGGUCUCGAUGCUGCAUCUCCCAGGCUCCACGCAACAGCAGCCGCCAGCGCCGAUGGCGUUACCGACACCCCCAGCAACGCCUCCGGCACCAACAAGUCGAGGAAGAGGCCCGGAGAUGCACUCUAUGCCGAAGAGACGUACCGUUUGCGUUCUGAUGACCAUCUCGAUGUGGAGCACACCAAGGUAGAGCACAAGGAAGCAGGAUGCUGCAACACAAAAUACGGGCGAGCCAUGAAGCACCUCCUUCCCUACCGCCCUCAACAAAAAAACAAAACUCUCCUACCUAGCAACAGUGCUGGGCUAUUUAACUACAUUAGUGUCACCUGGGUUACGGGGUUAAUGUGGAAAGCUUAUAAGAAAGGUCUUCAUCCAAGUGAUUUGUGGACCCUCCAGCACGAAGAUGGCUCAGAGGUAAAUUCUGAGCGACUUGAAAGACUGUGGGUUGACGAAAUCUAUAAUGCAGAAAAAGCCAAGAGAAAACCUGAGUUUUGGCGUGCUGUAUGGAGAUCUAUGCGAACUAGAGUCAUUGUUAGCAUGAUAAUCUCUCUCACACAGAAUGUUCUCCAGUUCCUUGGACCGUCAAUAAUGCUCAAGACAGUUUUAGACUACAUAAAUGAGCCCGAGGUGGACCAUCAGUAUGCAUCGUUAAUUGUCCUUGCAAUUGGUGUUAUUAACCUUUGCAGAGGCUCUGCAUUUAAUGCCAUGUUUGUGGUAGGCACUCACACAGCAACAAGAGUAACUGGAGCUGUUCAAGCUAUGAUGUACAAGAAAGUUCUCAAACUGAAAACAGGAGGGGAACGACUCUCAGCACAGAUUGUUAACUUUAGCAACAAUGAUAUGGAACGACUCUUUGAGGCCUGCAUUUCUUGUGUAUUCAUCACUGCAAUGCCUGUGAUAUUUACGAUGAGCGUAGCAUACUGUGUGUACAUUCUGGGUCCCUGGUCUCUCUUAGGGCAAGGGAUAUAUAUUCUCUUCUACCCAAUCAUGGGAGCCAUUGCCAAAGCCCAGAGUAGUAUUCGUGUGGAAACUGUGAAGGUUACAGACAAGAGGGUGACUCUUAUGAGCGAGAUCCUCAAUAGUAUGCGACUUAUCAAGAUGUACUCCUGGGAAGAUUCCUUUGCCAAAAAAAUAUCAGGAAUUAGAAAAGAAGAGCUUAAGAAACAUCGUAUUGGUGCCUUACUUCAAGCUGUCAGCUCCACAGUAACUCCAAGCAUCAGUAUUCUAGCAACCAUUAUCACUUUCUUGGGAUAUACUCUCUCAGGUUACCCACUUAAGUCCUCUGAGGCCUUCACCAUAUUUUCUGUCUUCAAUGCUAUGCAGUUCACAGUAGGCGUUCUUCCAUUUACUGUUCGCUCAAUUGCCGAAGCUAAGGUUUCGCUCAACAGAAUUCAGAAACUUCUGGAGCUGCCAGAGCAUCAGAAGAGUAUGGGAGGGCUUUUAAAUAACAAUUUAGCACUGCAGAUAAAAAAUGCAUCUUUUGCUUGGGAAGUUCACAAUAUUGAUAUUAAAGGGAGAGGAGGACCUGCACGAACCCCAUCUAAAGCUUCCAGGGAUAAAAAGAAAACUGAUGACGCUCAGAAAAAUAGUGCUGUUAAUGGAACGGCUCCUCUUACAAAUGGCCAUGUGAUAACUGAACAAGCUAAUGGUACAAACAAUCCAUCAAAGGAAGAAAACACAGAUUUGGUAAAAAAUAUAGAAACACUCUUCAACAUCAGCUUUUCAGUUGAACGCGGCAAGCUCAUUGGUGUUUGCGGAAGCAUAGGUGCCGGAAAAAGCUCCCUAUUAUCUGCUGUCUGUGGUGAUAUGAAGAUUCAGAGUGGGAGUGUGCAGGUGAAUGGACGGCUGGCCUUGGUGACGCAGCAAGCAUGGAUCUACAAUGAUACUUUCCGUGAGAACAUCUUGGUGGGUCAGAGUUACAACCCAGAGAGGUACAAAAUGACCCUUCAAGUGUGUUCUCUAGAAUCUGAUAUCGAACUUUUGGCCGAUGGAGAGAUGACAGAGAUUGGAGAAAGGGGCAUUAAUCUCAGCGGUGGGCAGAAGCAGAGAGUUAACUUGGGCCGGGCAGUGUACAGUGAUAGGGAUAUUUACCUACUAGAUGAUCCUCUAAGUGCUGUGGAUACCAAGGUUGCCAAACACAUCUUUAACACCUGCAUAAAAGGAACACUACGUGACAAGACAGUCAUUCUUGUUACUCAUGCUACUCAUUUCCUUGAAAAGUGUGAUGAGAUUAUUCUUCUUCAAAAAGGCAAGAUUGUGGAGCGUGGUACUCAUGCUGAACUUAUAGCACGUAAAGGAGAAUACUUUGACAUGGUUGGAUUCGAUUCUACACAUGAUGCAGAUAAAGCUGAAGAAGAAAAAAAAGCAGAUGCCCUGAUAUCGGAAGAUUCGGAUAAGAAAGCUGUGAAUGUCAGUAAAAAUACGAAAGAGGAUGUCAAAGGACCCAUGAUGAACGGUAAACUUAUUACUGAGGAGAGCAGAGAAACAGGAAGUGUCAGUAGCAAGGUCUAUUUAACAUUUAUUAAGGCCAGCGGAGGAUGGUGCAUAACAAAUAUCAUCCUGUUUGCCAUCAUCAUCUUUACGUUGACUAGAAUGUUUAAUGCAGUGUGGCUCCAACAUUGGCUCGAUCAGGGUGAUGGCAUGGCAGCAGAAAGGAGGGAAAAUGUAACGGCAUAUAACCUCACCUUAUCUGAUGAGGAUAUAAAGGGUGAAAUUACGCAAAAUCCCAUGUUGUGGAUGUACCAGUUAGUAUAUGGACUGAGCUUUGUGUUGCUCCUUAUCACUGGUAUUAUCAAAGGCAUUGGAGUUACUUUCAGAGUUCUGGCAGGUGCUUCAAAACUGCAUCAUGCUAUGUUUAUUAGCAUCCUUCGUGCACCCAUGAGUUUCUUCGACACAACUCCAACUGGGCGAAUCCUCAACAGAUUCUCAAGAGAUCUUGAUGAAUUGGAUGUGCGUGUCCCAUUUUUCUUGGAGUUCCUGCUGCAGGGUAUUCUCUUCAUCAUUGGUCAGAUCAUCCUGGUGUGCUUCAUCUAUGUCUGGUUUAUUCUUCCCCUCCUCCUCGUUGCAGUUUUGUUUGUUGCUGUUGACAUCUUUCUAAAUGCUGGUUUGCGUGAGAUGAAACGUUUGGAUAAUACCCUCAAGUCUCCUGUCACCCAGCAUAUAGGUUCUUCCAUCUCUGGUCUUUCUGUCAUCCGUACCUUUGAUAAGGAGAGGCUGUUUAUCAACAGGAUGUACAGCAAACUGGAUGAUCAUUCUGCGGCUUUGCUGGUGUUUCGUCUCUCAAAUCGUUGGUUCACCUUUCGGAUGGACUUUAUGGCCACAUGUGUUACCCUUGCUGUAACCAUCAUUUGCGUCUUCACGAAAGGUCUUGUCAGCACUGCACUUGCUGGUCUUGCCUUAUCAACUGUUACUGGAGUUUGUGUGUCCAUUCCUUUCCUGAUGAGGAUGAAAUCUGAAUUCCAGUCUCGCAUAACUUCUGUUGAACGUAUCAUAGAGUAUGCAUAUGAACUGCCCAGCGAAGCUCCCAGGGAGAUUCCCUCAUCUCAGCCACCUGCUGAUUGGCCGUCUAAGGGCAAUAUUGAGUUAAAGGAUGUCAAGCUUCGAUAUAGACCUGACCUACCUCUUGUGCUUCAUGGUAUUAAUGCUUCUAUCAAAGAUGGAGAGAAAAUUGGAAUUAUUGGACGGACUGGAGCCGGAAAGUCUUCCCUUAUAUCUACAUUACUGAGAAUGUGUGAACUGGAUUCUGGUAGCGUGACUAUUGACGGUGUGGAUAUAAGUACGAUUGGUCUACAUACACUGCGUUGCUGCAUUUCUGUUAUUCCACAGGAUCCAGUACUCUUUCAAGGAUCAAUCAGGUACAAUUUGGACCCCUUUGAAGAGCACUCAGAUGAUGCUGUAUGGCAGGCCCUUGAACGCUCCCACUUGAAGGGCUUCGUACAACAUCAGGAACAUGGUCUCUUGUCCAAGGUGGAAGCUGCAGGGGAGAACUUCUCUGUAGGAGAGCGACAGCUUAUCUGCCUUACCAGAGCCUUACUCAGGAAUAGUAAGAUUCUUUUGUUAGAUGAAGCAACAGCAUCUGUUGAUGUAGAAACAGAUCACCUAAUUCAAGCUACUAUAAGAGAAGCAUUUGCCAAAAAUACUGUUCUUACCAUUGCUCAUAGACUCAACACAGUGGCUAACUAUGACAGAGUAAUGGUCCUUGACAAAGGAAAGGUUCACGAGUUUGAUACUCCAGAGACGCUGAUGGGUACUGAAGGGUCAGUAUUCAGAGAGAUGAUGCAGGCAAUGGGUGUUUCCACAGUAGAACAAAUGCAGGCACUAAACUAAUACUUUUCCAGCUGCAAAUUAUAUGUAGUGAUUUUUCUACAGUGGUACUAUACCCAGUUCAUUUCCAAAAUCAUGUAGCUGUUGUAGGCUCUGAAUGAAUAAUAUAUACAGUACAAUAUUUUAAAUAAAUUUAUUUUUUAGGUUAGCAUGAUUGUUAGUUUUGUGUACAUGAAGAAAAUAACUCUUAUUUACAUAUAAUACUGUCUGCCAAAAUGAGUGAAAUAUUUUAGAAUGAAAAACAGUGUAUGCUUAUGAUCUGGCAUUAGUAUAAGUUAGAUCGUUAUCAUAGCAUUUUUUCCUUAGUAACUCUUUUAAGGUAUGGCUAAUAAGUACCAAGGAAUGUGUUAAAAUUUUCAUUUCAUUGAAUAAUUCCUUCACAGUUAUAUUUUCAUAAUGUUUUAUUGCACAUGACCAUCAUAGUUUCUUGAAUGAUCCCAUUUUAUCAUUGUAGCAUUUAUUUAUAUGGCAGAAUGUCUCAGACCAAUCUAGUUUAAAGUUCUCUACUGGGAGAGUGUAUACAACUGCAUUAGCUUGGAACAUUACUUUGAAACAAGUGAAAGAACAAAGCUGUCUUUAGUGAGAGAGAGAUGCUGUGAAUUUCUUUUUGUAAAAUAUAUCACCCGGGAUUGGGUGAUACAUUAGGUAUCACAUGCUUGGGCAUGUUGUACCUAAACAUGUAAUAGGUGCAGAUUUAACAUUUCAGUAGGCCUAUUUGCCUAUACUUGGCUUAAUACAUGUUAUGAGAAGGGACAAAGUAAACAUUCCAUUGUUUUGUUAAAUAACUAAUGAUUCUAGGCAUCUUCUAAGUUUGUAGAUGAAUGGUUCAGAGAACCGACAUGUUGAUAAAUUAGACACAUGUGCAACUCUUGGGUAUCUUUAUUGAGGAAACGUUUCGCCACACAAUGGCUUCAUCAGUCCAUACAAAGGAGAAUCUUGAAGAACAGGAAGAGAAUGAGGUAAUCAGUCCCUCAACCUUGAGUCGAUGUGUUCAGUCCAUCAAUCUUGAAUAGAAUACGGCAUACGUGCGGAGAAGGAGCUUAUAAACCGUUGGCAGGAGAGGUGCAGCAGUCAUAGGUAGUGUCACAUUUGUUCAAUGUGGAAGUAGGUCGUGCCCAAGAAUUAGGCAAGCGAAGAAUUCCCAAGUAUUAAGAUCCCAAGAAGUUGCAGUGUCUGACAGGUUUGUAGAUGAAUGGUUCAGAGAACCGACAUGUUGAUAAAUUAGACACAUGUGCAACUCUUGGGUAUCUUUAUUGAGGAAACGUUUUGCCACACAGUGGCUUCAUCAGUCCAUACAAAGGAGAAUCUUGAAGAACA